AUGAAGCUGUUGCUAUCGAUUCUUCUUGUUAUUCCAAUCGUGCAAUUUACCUGGGCUAUCAACUGCCGAGACACCACUGAAGGGAACGCUGUCCUCGAUUGCUCGGACUGCAUGUUUUGCCAGACGUUGAACGCUGACGGCAAAACGCACACCGGAUGUGGCUGCGGCGUUCAGUCCCUUCUAGACAAGCAGACGAAGUUCAAGUUCGACUCGUGUGACGAGGAAGGCCAGACCACCAACGACAAGGGACAAAUCCGCAGAUGUUGCACUGAUGAGAUUUGCCACCUAUUGCCCAUU